GUGCCAACCUUGCUUUCACUACCAUCCUUUUCUUUUUACCAACAACCAUCCUCUCUCUCUCUCUCUCUCUCUCUCCUCCAAUAUUGCUCAUCUCUUCCUCUAGCUAGCAGCAUGAAUGUCUAUGGAGAAGAACUCCCAACCUGCUAUUUCCACCCAAGGCAAAUCGUUGUGGGGAUUUGUUCCCUUUGCCUGAGAGAGAGGCUCCUGAUCUUGGCCGCAAAAGAAGGCCACCAACACCAGGCCAAAGACACCCACAGAUCUCUCCAAGUUCUCAAAGGGAAACUCACCAUUCAUCUUCCUAGAUUCUAUGUUCUGAGCUCAAUCCUCAGAUUCCGGCAUCGGAGAACAAACGACAGUUUCAACGAAGGCUCCUUCACCAGUCAAGAUUCAUUCAUGUCCAUCAGGUUCGACGAUGACCAGCAUGGACCUGAGGAUCAUGAAAUAUCGAGCGUGAAGGCUUCUUCCAAGCUUUUCGACUCCACCCCCAGCCACCAGGCCAUGCCAAUCCGGCACCAGGAAGGAGGAAGUGCGGUGGAGUAUGCGAAACAACCUGGUAUACCAAGGUGGCGCAAGCGGAUUGGCCGCCUGUUCAAGCUUGCGAGGUGGAAGAUGGCGACUGGUUAGGCCGGGCACGUGGAAGGAGAUGACUGAAGGGAGGAAGGGUUGGAUUUAGGAGGAGGACCACCACGGAGAAGGGAGGAGGAAGGUGGAGGCGGUAAAAGAGAUGGAAUAAGCUUCCACCGUGACUAAAACAUUUAAUGCUCUUUCUGUUGCCAAUGGUCCAUGUAAUUAAAUGUAUGGGGAAUUAAGAUGAACUUGAUUGGUAAUUAAGUUACUGCGCUGGCAGAUUGCAAGAUAUAUAGAUGUGUUUUUGAAAUUCUAAUUUAGAUUUUGACGAGGUUCUGGGAUAUUAUUGUAGUUUUGAUGGUAAUGCAACCAGAACUUUAUAGCUAGAGAUAGCUUGCAGAUUUUUAUUGACA